AGGCGCGGGGCCGCCUCUUCCCCGCGCGCACCGGCGGAAGCGGCUCCGAGCGCGGCCGCCCGCGUCCCCUCCGCGCCGGGACCGCCCGGGCCCGCGUGUCCCCGCUGCCGCUCUCGCCCGCCCCGCAAGGACGGGAUGGCGGGGGCGGGCGCGGCGCUGCUCGCGGGGCUGCUGGCGAGGCUGGCGCUGGUGCUGUACGGGCUGCACCAGGACCGCGCCAUGCGGGUGCGCUACACCGACGUCGACUACCGGGUGUUCACGGACGCGGCGCGGCUGGUGACCGAGGGGCGCUCGCCCUACCGGCGGGCCACGUACCGCUACACGCCGCUGCUGGCCUGGCUCCUGACCCCCAACGUGCUCCUCGCCGAGGUCUUCGGGAAGCUGCUCUUCGUGGCCGGGGACCUGGCGGCUGCCGUCGUCGCCUACCGGGCCCUGCGGCGCCGGGGGGCCGCCGCCCGCCGCGCCUGUGGGUGCUGCGCCGCCGCCUGGCUCCUCAACCCCCUGCCCAUGGCCGUGUCCAGCCGGGGCAACGCGGAGGCGCUGGUGGCGCUGCUGGUGCUCGCCACCCUGUACUGGGUGGAGGCGGGCAGCGUGGGCAAGGCCGCCGUGUGCUACGGGCUGGCCGUGCACAUGAAAAUCUACCCGCUGAGCUACGCGCUGCCCAUAGCGCUCCGCCUGCGCGCCGCGCCGGGCCGCGGAGCGCUGGGCGCGCCGGGCGACAGAGCGGCAACGUUCACGGUCAUGGCGCGCCUCUGGCACCUUUUCCUAGAGACGCUGAACCGCGACGUGCUGCUCUUUGGAACAGUUGCCGGAUCGGUGCUGGCUGCCUUGACUGUGACCUUUUAUCACCUCUAUGGCUGGGAGUUUCUGGAGCAUGCUUACCUCUAUCACCUGACUAGGAGGGAUAUCCGCCAUAACUUCUCUCCCUAUUUCUACAUGUUGUACUUGACGGCAGAGAGCAAAUGGAGUUUUGCCCUUGGGCUCGCAGCUUUCCUUCCCCAGGUGCUUUUGCUCCUGGUUGUGUCCAUAGCAUUCUACAGAGACCUCGCCUUCAGUUGUUUCCUACACACCGCUAUUUUUGUGACUUUUAACAAAGUAUGCACGUCCCAGUACUUUGUCUGGUAUCUCUGCCUUUUGCCCCUUGUAAUGCCUAGCAUUAAGAUGUCCUGGCAUCGGGGCGUGCUGCUUCUCUUUCUGUGGUUCAUCGGACAAGGCCUGUGGCUUACUCCUGCAUACUUUCUGGAGUUCAAAGGAUAUAACACUUUCUUAUUUAUAUGGUUGGCAGGCUUGCUUUUCCUGUUAAUUAAUAGCUUCAUAAUUGUUCAGAUUAUUUCACAUUAUCAGAAAGAAGCACAAGUUGUAAAAAAACUGAAACAACGGUAAUAAACUGACCAAAAUCCAGAAA